AUGUCAAAUACAAACCCAUCCCUCUACGGCCUCCCCCGACAUAGCCAAAAACCCUCCUCCCAAUCAACCGCUCCCUCGGCCUCCACCCUCGCCUUCACCACCCAGCUCUCCUCCCUCAUCACCAAAGGCACCGAGUCCUCCGCCCGCGGCCGCCCUCGACCCUCCAAAUCCUCCAAAUCCGACAUCUUCACCGUCCACAACAAAGGCGCCCAGAAACGCGCCGCCGCGGACCUCCGCGAUGCUGCCGACGACGACGAUGCCGAAACCACCGUCCGGCAGAUCCACAAGCGCACCGCAGACAUCGGCGCCGUCGACGCCGCCACCCUGCACCGCUCCAAGCGGCGGCUGGAGGAAAAGGCGCGCAUGUACGAGGAUCUGAAGAGCGGGCUGUACCUCGCGGGUGACAGCGAUGACGAAGAGAUCACCUCCCGGGAUGAUUACUUGGCCCGACUCCGCCGAAAGGAGAAGGAGGGGCUGGUGGAUUUCGAUCGCAAGUGGGCUGAUGCGCAGCGAGCGAAGGGGUCAGAUGAUUCCGAAGAGGAAGAGGAAGAGGCCGACGAUAGUGCGUCCAUCGUCUCGUAUGAGGACGAGCUCGGGCGGACGCGGCGCGGGACGAGGGCCGAAGCUGCGCGUGCGGCGUUAGCUAAAGCGCAAGAGAGCGGGGAAGGUCGGGGCCCGGAGCGGUGGAAGCCUGCGCGGCCGGAGAAGCUGAUCUACGGGGCUGCGGUGCAGGCGGAGGCGUUCAAUCUGUCGUCAUCUGCGGCGGAGCAGAUGGCGUCGCUUGCUUCCCGGCGGGACCGGUCGCCUACGCCGCCGGAGGAGACGCACUACGACGCGGAUGCGGAGGUGCGGAACCGCGGGACGGCCUUCUAUGCGUUUGCCAAGGAUGAGGAGACGCGGAGGAAGCAGAUGGAGGAGCUGAUGAGUGCGCGGGAGGAGACGCAGCGUGAGCGGGAGGCUAGGCAGGCGAGACGGGCGGAGCGACAGCGGGUGAAGGACGAGAGGAGGCGGCAGAUUGAGGAGCUACGGACUAAGAGAAGGGCGGAGACGUUUCUGGCUGGGUUAGGAGAUCUGGGUGCUCUGCAGGCGGAUGCAUCCUAG